AAGAGCAGAAAGGCAGAACUGACACUUCAAAACAAAAAAAGCACAAGAAAGCUCACGCAGAGCAAAAAUUAUAUUCUUGUAAAAUUUGUGAUAAAACCUUUUCUGAAAACAGUAACUUGAUGAGACACAUGAUAACUCACACAGGAGUAAAACCUUUCACUUGUUCAACCUGUGGGAAAGGUUACAGACAAAAACAUGGUUUAAUUUAUCACAUGAGAAUUCACACAGGUGAAAAACUGGCCAUGUGUGUGACCUGUGGAAAAGGUUUUCAUGACACCAACUAUUUAAAGAGACACAUGAGAAUUCACACAGGUGAGAAGCCUUUCUCCUGUGGGUCCUGUGGAAAGAGUUACAGUGAAAGAGGGACUUUAACUCAGCACAUGAGAAUUCACACAGGUGAGAAGCCUUUCUCUUGUGGGAUUUGUGAAAAAAGUUUCACUGACAAAGGCAAUUUAAAUACUCAUAUAAAAAUUCACACUGGUGAGAAGCCUUUCUCUUGUGGGACCUGUGGAAAGAGUUACAGUGUAAGAAAGCUUUUAACUCAUCACAUGAGAAUUCACACAGGUGAGAAGCCUUUCUCUUGUGCCACCUGUGGAAAAAGUUUUUCUCGAAAAGACACUUUAAAUGCUCAUAUGAAAAUUCACACAGAUGAGAAGCCUUUUUCUUGUGGGACCUGUGGAAAGAGUUUUACUCGAAAAGACACUUUAAAUGCUCAUAUGAAAAUUCACACAGAUGAGAAGCCUUUUUCUUGUGGGACCUGUGGAAAGAGUUACAAUCAUAGACAGAGUUUAACUCAUCACUUGAGAAUUCACACAGGUGCGAGCCCUUUCUCCUGUGGGACCUGUGGAAAGAGUUACAGUAAAAGAAAGUAUUUAACUACUCACAUGAGAAUUCACACAGGGGAGAAGCCUUUUUCUUGUGGGACCUGUGGAAAGAGUUACAUUCAAAGACAGAGUUUAACUUAUCACAUCAGAAUUCACACAGGUGAGAGGCCUUUUUCUUGUGGGACUUGUGGAAACUGUUUCACUAAAAAAGGCAGUUUAAAUGCUCAUAUGAAAAUUCACACAGGUGAGAGGCCUUUCUCUUGUGGGACCUGUGGAAAGAGUUUCAUUGAAAGAGGCAGUUUAAAUGCUCAUAUGAGAAUUCACACAGGUGAGAGGCCUUUCUCCUGUGAGAGCUGUGGGAAAAGUUUUUCUCAAAAAAUCGGUUUAAAUAUUCAUAAUAAAAUUCACACAGGUGAGAGGCCUUUCUCUUGUGAUACUUGUUUAAAAGGUUUCCGGACAAAAACAAAUUUACUUGAUCACAUGAGGAUUCAUACUGGUGAGAAGCCUUUUUCUUGUGGGACCUGUGGAAAGAGUUACAGUCGUAGAAGUAUUUUAAGUCAUCACAUGAAGACUCACACAGACUAGAAGCCUUUGGCUCGAAACAGAGCCGAUCCGUUUGGUAUCCGAUCCAGUGGAAAAUCUGGUCGGAUGAUGUGCACAUCAACUAAAAAACGUUGACGUCAACAGGGCCUUGCCUUUCACUUUUGUUUGACUGUGACUGUGUCUGUCACUGUCCAACCAAGAUUGAUCUAAGGUCUACUUUUGUUUUCUUUAAUCAUUUUGUUUUAUCCUCAGUCGUGUUUGUACUUAAGAUCCUCAUCAGUAUCCCAUUAGAUACUGAAGUUAAAGAGGGGAACACAUUCAGACAGGAUUAACUUCUGUGCAUUUCAGUUUUCAUUGAGUUCUGUACCAUGUAGAAUAAUUGAGUUUAGCUUUCUACAUUUUUGGCGUUUCCAUGUAUGACUGGAUGGAAAAUUCUUUACAUAUUAAACCAUUGAAAUAUUCUUUUUUUUCCCCUGUAAAUAGAACUCUGUCAUGUUUAUUUUAAAAAAUGUAAAUAUAAUUGAGAUCUGGUCAGAUUUUUAUUUAGAACUAACCACAGAGAGGAUUUUAUUUCCCCAAAAGUUUGUUUCACAGAAGUCAUUGUUAGAAUUUGCUAUGAGAACGUGUUUGUACAUUUAAAGGUUUGCACAUGUUGAAAAAGUCUUAAACUAUGUACCAGUAUUUUGAGCAGAAUCAGGCCUUGACCCAGAAAACUGGUUUAGCCCGGUGGUCGGGGCACUGAGGCGGUCCACUGUGUUUUUGUAUUAAAAGAUGUUAAGUAGACAGGAAAUGUAAAAAUAUUUGUGGGUAAUUAUAUGUUACGGGAAAAUAUCGCCAAUGAAACGCUGUUUAUACCCACAACUAGUCUUAAAAACAAAAACUACUAUUAAAAUGAAUAUCAAAUAUUUGCACUUCUGUUUAAUCCAAAUUAUGUCAGCGGCUCCAUAAAGACCCCCAGGCUCUUCCAGGUCGCCCCCAUAAAUGCUAAUGUUUUAUCACAGAUACAUAAAUGUAACAUUUAUUUAUUUGGAUGAUCAAUGCUGCUAAAUUUGAUUUAAUUGUUUCAGCAUACAUAAAUGAAAAGAUUUUAAAUUAUUUAACAUUUAAAUUUAAGAUUUUACGGAGCUGGCAAGUUUACUUUGUUAAAGUUCAAAGAAUAAUGUUCGUAGUUAGAUUGUUUUGUUACCAUAGCUACAAUCAGAUGCUGUGAGUUUAAUCUUUGAGUUUGAACUCUAUUUGUUCAAAAAUACAAAUGAGUAAACUGAUU